AUGGGUCAGACAGCGUCUCAACCGGUCCCUGAUAAGUCCCUGCAAGUCAUCGGAGCCGGGCUCUCAAGGACAGGAACGACGUCCUUUGGUGUCGCUUGCUCGUACCUGCUCGACGGCCCAUGCUAUCAUGGAGGCACACAGAUGCUCAACUCGCCCGAGUCACAUAUCAAACGCUGGAUCGAAAUCAUAAGACAUACGCCGGUCAAAGAUGAGACGGAUCGAGAAGCCGUGCAUGAAGGAGUCAAGGAAAUGCUGGGUGGAUAUGUCGCUUGCACCGAUCUGCCAUCCAACGCCUUCGUGGAGGAACUGAUGGACAUCUACCCCAAUGCCAAAGUCAUCUGCACCGUCCGGGAUCCCGAUAAAUGGUGGAACAGCUUGGCUCCCAUCAUCGAGAAGGGAAACCUCACCGUUCUGUCUUGGAUUCUGGCCCCUCUGCCGACGCUGCGCAUGUUCAGGACCUACCACGAUGCCUUGGAUGAUGGCCGCGUCGGCGAACUGUACUUUCGUCCCGGCGAGCCCAAGAGACCGACCAGAGCGAUGUGGGACCGACACAUCGAGCACCUCAAGAAGGUCGUGCCCAAGGAGAAGCUGUUCUUCUACGACGUGCGUGACGGCUGGGAGCCGCUGUGCGCCAUCCUCGGCGUCCCAGUCCCCAAGGACGUCCCCUUCCCCAAGCUGAACGAUGCUCAAGCCAUGGACAAUUUCAUGAAGGCCAGCGCGCGAAGGGGGUUGAUGGCCUGGACGGUGACCUUUUUGACUGUUGCUGUUGCUGGCUUUUCUGCCGGCAAGUAUGCCAAAUGGAUAUGA